UAAAAACGGCCUAGUGUCUUUUUACGAAAGUGGCGUUACUGUUUCUUUUUAGUUGACUAUGGCAGCUCACACAGUCUUUCAUUCCGAUAGUCGUGUAUCAAACAUUUCCACAAAGCAAAAACGUUUGGCGCAUAUGUUUCUCAGUCCAUUUAGGCGUUUCAAUCACAAUGGCAAGAAACGUUCGGACAAACAUUUGCCUUCUGCUAAACUAGCAGACAGUUGCAGGUUUGAUUUAAACACAAAUAGUGGUCUUGGAGUUGUCUCAGUUUCCACAUUUCCUAACCCUGGUUAGUACUUUGCAUGGUACAUCGACUUUUCUAAGUUUAGUUUUAUCAACCUACUCAAUUUCAUAAAACGUUUCUUGCUUUAAUUCAAAAGACACUCCAAGUUUAUGGUAAGUAUGCAUAGGCAUUUAUUACGGUGCAUACUAACUUCUUGUCUCAUUACAAGCAUCGAUAAAUUGCGCGAAACGCACUGUGACCACUGCUUUAAUUAGGUUUUCACAUUCGGACUAUUCUGAUUAUUUGUAGGCAGGCUUUUUUUAACAGUAUGGAUAGUUUCAGAAAUUUAAAAAAGGGAAUCCUAGUUCUCAGAAACUGGAUCUAAUCAUAUUGUUGUUUAAAAGUUUAAAAUGAUCUGUAAUAUUAUUAUACCGCACGUAAAUGAGAAGUCCAAUCGUCGGGUCGUCUUUUUGAGUUUCUUUUUUUGAAAGACUGAUACUUCGAAUACUGGUUGAGCGUUUUAAUUACUUUAAAUCCGUUUAAUAGACUAAAGUUGUACCUUGAAGUUACUUAGUCGUAUUUAUUAGAUAUUUUUUGACGUCAGAAAUUGAUUUCUUGAAAAUUCACAUGUAUUAAAGUAUGUGUCUUCGUUUUAAAUGAAAAUGUAUACUUUAAUAUUGUUUCUAAAAAAUUUUGAAAACCUUCUAGUUGCCAGUACUUGCAACUAAGACUUUGUGGUGUCACAUGUACCAUGCAAAUUCUUUUUAUUUGAUGUCUAUAUACAUGCAUCGAAUAAAACUUGCCAAAGGAACUAGUUUCAAAACAAACUCCGUGUCUUGGUGAUCAAAACAACCUUAGACGAGACGUUUCAUCCUUAACGUCAUGCAUACGAAAUAACAGGCAGUUUUAGGUGAGGUUGUUAACUGCACCUGUUUUCUCAAAAUCGUUUUUGAAGUUCUCAUCAAGCAAUGAAACGAAGCUUUAGAUCGAGCUAUUUCCAGGGUUAUUGAUUAACUAGAAAGCCUGGUUGGCCAUUAGCUGAAUUUACAAUGCAGUAAUAAGUCAUUGAACCCGGUCAAUUUUGUAAGUUACUUUAGCUCAUAUAAUCCUCCAGUAUCAAGAAUUCUAGCGUUACUCAAACUUUGAAUUUGAUUCGGCACAGUGAAAAUCACCAAAGUGUGAAACAAUGGAUGGAGGACCUUAAGCUCACUCGUUUAGCCGCUGAAGCCGAAUUCCUUAGUCAGUGAAUCCUAGUUCACUUUUUUGGAGAAUGUGUACAAGUGGUAUCGCUCUUAUUUUAGUUGUGUAUGUUUGUACUUAUUGUACUAUUGUUAUUUGGCCUACUUACGAUGUCGAAAUUUUGUCUCAUAUGAUUAAUUAAUAUCAAACAGUUUUGGUAUAGUAAGUAAAAGUGAAAUUUGUUGUGUAAGUUACUUAAAGGACAUGCAGCUACAUGAAGUUAUAACCCCAACCUGCUUUAAACCCUGUUUCCUCAUAUAUCUGACAAUAAGGCAUGUGCUACUUCUACUGAGGUUGCAAAUGUUUCUUGGUUCCAAACUACCAAUAGUUCGCAUUGGACUGCAGUACUUUACUCCAGAUGACGAUCGAAUUUGCCUUGUCUGGACAUCACAUGCUUCACUAUCAUACACUUUUAAUCCAAUCCUUAGUUUGUGAAACUAUGGGAUAUUUCAGGAGGAACAUUAGUUUCUGACUUCUUUUCAUCACACUUUUGACUUGCAAGCUUAUUAAUCUUAAUGAAUAUAUCAGCGAGGUUUAAUCCACACAGAUUACAAGACGUGCCUCUGUAUUAAGGAAUCUGUUCGAUCCUAAAUCUAAUAACUGUCGCAGUUCAGGCUUUUGUAACAUAUGCUUAGAAUAUGUUUAAAACCACAAAACCUACCCACAAUCCUGAAGACUACCAUAAAUGAAAAACCUUGAUGAAUAUGCGGACUUCUGCUUCUUCUUGUUCUGAAUAUCCGCCUUCUUUGAACUACAAGACGUUUGUCCCUGAUUCUUGAAAUGUCUAGUCGAGUAAGCACUUUCUUUGCUUUCAGCUUUCGAUAUAUUUCCAAAUUUUGUUUCUAUUAUAUUUUGUCGUGUCUAUUAUCCAAAAAUCGUUGACCGAUGAUUAUUGUGUAGGCUAAAGUGAUAAUUGAAGUACGAAAGUCAGCCUUGACUACACAGUGAUCAAGGAAUAAUUUACUUGUUUGAUCAAUUAUUUAAAACUUUGGAAUCAAAAGUCUUUGAGUCCUAAGUGAGUACUAGAUAUCCUUCCAGUUCAACUGAAAAGUCUUUGGUUAGGUCUUCAUUCUAUGGCAAAUUAUGACACAAAUGAUUACUUUAUAUGCUUUAACUCACUUUAUUCCUUGACAUAUAAGGUAUGUUUGGUCCCAUUUGGCAAUUAUUGUCCCAGAGUUUCCUAACAAAAGUGUACCAAAAUGGUAAAUGUUAUUGGUGUAACUCUGUGUGAAUACAACCACUUGGGAAUAUGCUGUGAGAUGGUUAAGGGACUUUCCACAUCAUCUGUCGUGGAUUUACUUCUGACAAAAAACAGCAAUUCAUCAUAACCAGGAAUUUAUAACAUAAAGGUAUACAGACAACAUAGUCUUGUUAGUUAAUUUCAAUCAGAUGCAUAUUCUUCUAGUCACUUAGAGCAAUAUAUAUAAUAUCUUCUAGUGUUUGUUUUUAAUAUACUAUAAUUAGAAUCUGUCUUUAAUUUUGUUUCUCAUACGUAUCAUUUCUUAAGAAAGCUGUCAUUCACUACAUAUGUUAACUAAUUAAUUUGCUCGCGCACAAUUGCAUCAUCAUUAUCAGUUUAGGGUUCUAAAAAACUGCGUGGUAUAUAUAAUUUUCUUUUCAUAGGGUUGGGAUAAAAGCCCAAAAUACUUGUACCACCCAUCUCUUGAAUCGGCCAAUCCUCUUCGAGAUAAGCUAAUCGGUUUCUUCAUUAUCAUUAGUCGGGAUUUUUUAAUCAUUUUUAUAUAUUGUUAGUGUGAGUUAAAAUUCAGUCUAAAGAAAAUACUUGUUUUGGUUCAUGCUGGAUAACUUAAAACACUCGUUUUAUUGUAUUAUAUUAGGUUCACUUAUGAGUUAAGCUACAGAUUUAUUGUGGUCUGUUACAAGCGAAUAUCUUUUUUGCUGAAUUUAUUUACCUAUGUCCAUUGAUAAUUUGAUAUGAAAAAAUAAAUUUGUAGUGUACUGUUUUGUGUUCUAAUCUUAGCUUCCUUUUAUAGAAAAAUUUCGAUGUUACAAUUAGUUUUAUAUCAUACCACUAGGUAUAUUGAUAAAUAAUAUUUGUACUCUCGAUGCUAUCGUUGUGUGUGCUACUGAUGUCGACAGAUAUAAAUAAUAUGUAUCAUCAAUCGAAAGUGAAUCGAAAGUCUGAGACGAUUGACUGAUAAUUGCUGAAGGAACAGUCAGGUUUGAGACAGUUGACUGACAUUUUACAAAUAAAGUAUUUGCGGUGUGGUUCUCAGGUUUUACUAAGAUGAUCUGUGAUUUUGUGUUCAAGUACAUCCAAUCGUCCCCACUUGUGUUCUCGUUCACCACACUAUUAUUACGUGACUUUUUAGUUGAUAAUUUGUUACAACUGAUGUGCUAUACGUGCAUAAAAGUUUUUGGAUUGAAUCUCUGCUGAAGAUGAAUUAUGUAGGAUUCUAGUGGAUAGGAUUUGCAAUUUUCAAUUGUCAUAACGAAAUGAUUCAAGUAUUUUUUUAAGGUUUUUUUCAAAAGUUGUUAACUAAUGUCUUGAUUAGGAGCUUCUCUUUACGGCGAAAAACUUCAUUUAUAUUCAUAAUUAGUGAUUUCCUCAACAGAGAUACUUUAUACAACUUUCCUAAAAAUUUAUUAUAAGUAAAGUUGAGUGAGCCUAAUAAUGAUAACUAUCUUUGUGUUAUCUCCUUCCACUUGUUAAUUUUGUUAAGCUGCAAUUCACAUGUCUAGUUAGUCAACUCUCUACCAUUGGAUCAUGGCUCUUAAACCAUUCUAUUGAGAUAUCGAAGUAUCAGUAAUCCUUACUUAAUAUAUUAGGUUCACGACCUUUUGCAUAAAUCUACAUGUAGUUGCUUGUUAUGGACUUUUCUUUCCAGUGACUGACUUACGGUAAAUAAAUUUUCAUCAAGUUUCCUCUUCGGUGAUAAAUUUUUGUUAGUUAUGUAUCACAUUCUGUAGAGUAGUACGAUUUGAGUGCUUUUUCUUUUUCUUUUUAGAAUCAUGUUCUCCCGAAAGCAACUACCAACCAGAAAAAUGCUCUAAUCCAAUAGUUCAUCUUGAAUCACAUGUUAAUCCUGAUUAUUCUACUUCUAUAACUCAAUCCCACUUCACCGAAACCCGUAAUCCCAUGACUGAAUUGAAUACUUAUGUCGGAAGGCAGAAUACUGAGUUGGCUUCGAGUACCAACCAACGCUUAAUGACUCAAUCCCCUCAAUUUCUUAAAAAGUUAAAUAGAAUAAAAAAAUAUAUAACAAGUCACCAAGUAACUUAUCCUCAAUUGACACCGGUUAGCCAAAAUGUUUUAACUCGCGUUUCUGAAAUAUCUAACCAAACAACUAUCGAUAAAUCCAAAAUAAACGCAGUUUGUUACAAUAAGAGAACUGUGAAGACUUCGUCCGCCGCUUGCAGUAUGAUGGUUGUGCCCAUAUCUAAAUCAGAUUUGUAUUUGAUAGGACAUCUUGUGAACGAUGAGACAGAUCCUAAAUCUGUAUUUCCAUCAGAUUCUACGGAAAAUAUCCAUUAUGACUCACCAGUUUCGAAUCUUUACGUUUCCCCCAAUAAAAUGAAACCUUCUCCAAACCCAAUGUUGUGCAUGUCCAGAUCUCUUGAUAAAUGCUCAGAAAGCCCACAAUCUUUCAUUCAUUCUUUUCAAGAAGUUGAUAACUUCCCAAGAUCUUCUGAAAAUCCUACCACUGAAACGUGUGUGACUCUCACUGAUUGUAAUAAAGUGGCUGGAUGUGAAACUGAUGGUAUUUACUCUUCGAAUUCGGUUAAAAUUACUACAUUCAGUCCUUCACCAACCUUGUCAACUUCAAAAAUUACUCAUAUAUCAUCAGCGUCAUCACCAAGUCCAACUAACGAUACGACAGCGGCUGAGACCAUACCUACUAUUAGUCAGACACUGAAAUACUCACAUUUAUCUAGCCGUGCUUAUCCUUUUGGCAAAGAUUGUCGUUUUGUUUUUUACAAUUCUGCUGAUAGUGAUGAAGAAGAUGCUUACAAUCUAUCCGCACCUAGCCAAACUCUCACUUCACUUAUCAAGGCUCGUCAAACGCAUAAAGAUAUGUGGACAAAACGAGCUGAUCGUAUCAAUCGCUUUUUAGCUUGUAGACCUUGCCGUGAAGAUCUGAUAUCUAAAAAUAUAAUUCCAAGUACCACUUUAGAAGCACGUGCUGAACUGCGGAUUGAUAUUGAAGCGUCACUUGAGCGUCGACUUAAUCAACGUCCUACAACUGAUGAAUUGAAACAGAAAAAUAUCCUUCACGUGGACACCGAAGAGGUUCGUAAUAAGAUUAAAGAAGAACGGAAGCAAAUUUUAACUCGCAAGCUAUCAUUUCGACCAACUGUUGAGGAGCUCCGUCGACGUAAAAUUAUUCGUUUUAAUGAUUAUGUUGAAGUUAGCGAAGCAGAUGCCUAUGACCGUCGAGCUGAUAAACCAUGGACUCGUCUAACUCUACGUGAUAAAGCUGAUAUUAGAAAAGAAUUAAACGAAUUCAAAGCCACUGAAAUGGAUGUUCAUGCCGAGAGUCGACAUCAUACCCGAUAUCACAAACCAUAGAUACUUAUCUUCCGGAUCCUGCAAAAUAAUUCAGCGACUACCGUUAAUGCUACCAUUCACUACAUAUAAUAGUAAAUAUUAUUCCUAAAAGUAACCUGAUCCUUUCGGAGACCAAACAGUUGUACAUAGUGUAGUGGCCAGUCAAAAAUGAAAUUUUAUAUUGACUUUUCAAAUUUUAUGGCUCGCUUUAUUAUUGAUUAUUGUAUAGUUUAACUCUUUCAUUUACACUGUGAUUAUAAUAAUUGAUUACAAAUACAAGCAUUAAAUAUACCAA